UACCUUUAAGUAAUUCUUCCAACACUGUUUACCUAGUAUCUGUUUAAUAUGAAGUAUUACUGUUUAUUUGUAUCAUUGAUUAAAAUAAAAAAAACAAUAAUGCUUAUAACUACAUUAUAGUGUGUUAUAACCCAUAGGUUACCGGUUGUACUGCCAGUGCCUACAAACGCUAAACGGAGAGGAGGUUUGUUCUCAUGUUUCAUGCUGAUGAAGUUUGUCCCUCCCCCGCCACCGUUCAUCCUCCGUCACGUGACCCCCAGCGCUUCCUGUUACUGUUGUAUUACACUUCCAUGUUUUUCUCCUCAAACAGUUACCGUGAUGUAAAUCAACUACAACGGACGGAAUAGUCCCUGUCGUGUGAUCUGUCGCACAUAGAGAGUUAGUUUGCCGCCCCGUCGCGUCGCUGCAGCCUGCGGAGGCUCUCUGAUCUGACCCGGUGGUCAACAUGGCCCACUGUGUGGCUUUCCAGAGCAAGCUCACCUCCAUCAUGGAGGUGCUGGCUAAAGCUGCCGUGGUGGAGAUCAGCAAGCUGUGGGAGGACGGCUUCGCCCUGGUGCAGCUGGAGCUCCGCCGGAGAGAGAGCGAGAUAGAAGCCCUGAACAGGAAGCUGGUGUUGAUGGAGACCGAGCGGUUAACGGUGCUGACUCAGGCUCAGACUCAGACUACCAACCUGUCUUCAUCACCUCCAUCAUCUUCCUCCUCCAUGAGGGAGCAGCAGGACAAGCUGCUGCCGCCCACCGGUGAUGGUCCCGUUAUAGAUUCAGUCCAGACAUUGUCGUCGGAUCAGAGUGUCAGAGAGAAGGCGGACACCUCAGCAAAUCACAGAACGCCGCCACCAUCACAAUCACAGACAGAAGAGAAACAAUGUGAGCAGCUCAAGUCUGACGUCUGUGACAGUGACGGCAGAGACGACGAUGAAGACUUAAUAGUCAAGCUAGAGGACGAGGACGAGGACGAUGUCCAGUUCGUGGAGCAGAUAGUGGAUUCUGACAACAGCAUUAACGACGGAGCGGGUAACCAUGAGAUGGAGCUGACCCUCCAUCCGGCCGAGGUCGUGGAAGAGCAAGAGAGCCAGCAGUGGUCGUCGGUUUCAGUGGGAGACAGCGACACCGCUGAUGACUCGGACUGCUUUUUUGAACCGAAGCAGCUGUCACAACAUCUGGACAGCAGAUCGGAAAUCCUGCUCAUUCAGAAUGCUUUGGGCAUUUUUCACGAUUCAGCAGAGACAGCGGACAGGUUUAUGAGGGAUAACGGACCCGGUGCAUCCAGCAAAUCAUGGGCUCCUGUGACUUUUAGCGAAGCUCAGCCGAGUCAGCCCAUAGACGCAAUACAUCACAGAGAGAGAGGAGUGUCCAUCAGAUUCCUCUCAGAGAAACAACCUCAAACUAAAAUGAUGUCAGCUUUUGACCUGGACAGCAGCUUCUUUCUUUUAAACGACCCCGAGUUGCACAAAACGAUUGCGAGUCGCCGCAUAAAGGAGAAGUGGUUCAUCUGCCCGUACUGCGGCAAAAGCUUCGACCGCGUCAGCCACCUGGAGAUUCACCAGCGGAUUCACACGGGAGAGAAACCGUACACAUGCGAAACAUGCGGCAAGUGUUUCUCUCAGAGGAGCAACCUUCGCACUCAUCAGCGGACUCACAAAGAGGCUCCUUUAACCCCAAAUGCAGUCGAUGCAAUGAUCCAAUAGAUUGCGACGAGUGAGAAAAGCUAGAAAUAUCUGUGUGUCUUCUAGAUCAACUAACAAAUUCUCUUUGUAUUUUGAUAUUACUGAAAAGUAAUGUAGCUGACUGAUUUUACUGUGCACUACUUUCUUUUCUUUUUUUGGAUACAUUAUAACGUUGACAUAGCUUGGAUUGGAAGAACUAAUUUUGGUACUUGUGUACCGUUUGAAAAACCCAGCCAGUUAAAAGAUUUAUAAAAACAUGUAGGGAUAUAGCUGAAUAAUGACUUCUACAGGUUAUACACAUAAGGAAACAAAUUGCCAAAGCAAAACCUCUGUAUGUAUGAUGACUGUAGACCUUCUGAUAUCCCUGAGCAUUACCAUUUUCCCAUCCAUUGUCCAUUAUCAGGCUCACAGUGAAAGCCGAGCAGCACAGAUCUGCAUGAAGAUGGUAAGAUGUAAAAGAGAAAGGACCAGAAAUUAUGAAAGGACAACCACAGCACUUAAAAAGGAUGAGAUUGAACUCACACGGGCAUUAAUGCAAAAUUGUGAGACUUUGGCAAUAUCUUUCCUUUUGUAAAGUAUCAAAGCCUAACAAAGACAGGAAAGGAAGCACUGACUCAUCUUUGCGUUUUUAAGAAUUCCACCUUGCAUCAUUUCAUUAUAGCUGCUCCUUUAGAUGUUUACAGGUCAGUAAAGUCAGGGAGGAAACUUCCUAAUCAGAAAAGAUGUGUUUUAAAGACAUGUUUCAUAGCAUGCCAGGAGAUGUAGGUCUUCUUGGAGGUAGCCCUGAGUGUAUUUGCUCUGAGUGGAAGAGCAGCAUCUUAAAGGAAUAGUUCAACAUUUUGUGAAAAACGCCUAUUCGCGUUCUUGAAGAGAGCGAGAUGAGAAGAUUGAUACAAGUAGUAUUGAUCUCAUCUAACUCUCAACAAGAAAUUGAAUAAGCAUAUUUCCCAAAAUUAUAUCGUUUAAAGGGAUAGGCUGGUGUUUUGAAGUGGGGAUGUAUGAGGUAUUUCUCCAUAGUCAAUGUAUUUCCUACAGAUGGCGGUCGGCACACAGAAGCAGAGUUACUGCACGAAACAAAGCAAUGUAGUGGGGGCAGCAGCAAAACUUAUUUUAGCCACAUAAAAAAAUAUUAUCAGUUUCAGUGUACACUAUAUUUAGAAUAUUUUUGCUGGUUUACCUCGCCAUCAGAAAGCUAUACAGUCUGUGUUUCCGACGGGGAACUGAAGUCAUUAUCUAUGCUCUGCCAAAGCCACCAGGCUGACACAUUGAAAGAAACUUAAUUUAUUUGACCUUGCAGAACACAGGAGUUGCUGGUCUACCGCUGCCUCAAUUUGGUUAGUGUGUUUGUGUUAUUGUGGGACUUUGGUUAGUUCGGAUUCAUCAAAUAGCACAAACUAACUUAACUGAUCGAGGCAGUAGUAGACCAGCAGCUCCGGUGUUCUGCAAGGUCAAAUUACAGUUUUUUUCGAUGGAGUCUGGUGGCUGUGGUGAGAGCAUAGAUGGAGACAACGGCUUCAGUUCCCUGUCGGAAAGGGCUGUCUGACAGCAAGGUAAAGCAGUGACAAUAUUCUAAAUAUAGCAUACACUCGGGCGCCCCGAUAGCUCAUUUGGUAGAGCGGACACCCAUAUAACAAGGCUGAGUUCUAACCGCGGCGGCCCGGGUUCAAAUCCGAACUGCGGCCAUUUCCGCAUGUCGCCCCCUCUUUCUCUCUGUCACUGUCCUAUCAAUAAAGGCUUGAAAAUGCCAAAAAAAUAAUCACUUAAACUGAUAUUGAUUUUUUUAGGUGGCUAAAAUCCCUUUUGAUGCUGCCUCCAUCCACGGCAGUACAUUGCUUUGCUCCAGUGCUCGUACUCCUGUUGGUUUCUCCAAACUGGGGGCGUGCCGACCAUCAUCUACUGUAGGGAAUACACUGACUAUGAAUAAGUACCUCGUACAACCCCACUUCAAAACACCUGAACUAUCCCUUUAAUACAGAGGUUCUCUGAGAUUACGUGAGACCAGCCACCCUGUGAAAAUCCACUUUUUUCUACUUGUAUCCACAAUCCCCAUUAUUUCUGUCAUUACCGAGCUAAUGAGGAUGUAAACGUCAGAAUAAGGAUAAACCAGGAACUCUAAUACAAGUCUAAUACAAAUGCUACAUUUAUCCUCAUGUAUAUGAGGUGAAACAAGCUUAACUGUCCCAGGUUAUAAUAAAGAACAAUGACUCGUAUGCUGUACUUUUAUGAAUAAAACAUUUCAAUAUUUA